AUGUCAAGUGAAAAACCUGAAAUCACUGUUUUGACUCCUCCUCUUCUCCAUCUGCCAGACCAAUCAGAGGCCGUCCUGCUCUCGAUGCAGAAAAGCCGCCGCCUCGUCUUUGUCCUCAGUCCGAACUUCCUGGCAGAGAAGAGUUUCAGCCUGCUGGAGUGUCGUCUGGGUCUGUACCUCCAACACAGCCUGCAGGCCUCCAUCAUCACCGUGGUCUACCGCUCCGUCAGUAAACUGCCUUGUGUGGAAGUCGCCCAGCUACGACAUGCCGCCAACACUUCCAUCACGUGGCGAGGAAGUCAAUCUGAAGCCCCACGCUCCCGUUUCUGGCUGAGGUUGAGGCUGGCGCUGCCCGUACGGCCACUCGCUCUGGGCCGGAGGUUGAUUGACAGCACGUCAUCUCACUCUGACCUCGCCGCUCUGGCGCUGCAGAGAGUGCACAGGAUCCAGAUCCACAACCAUGGAAGUGAAGCUAAUCAUAGCCACAGAAAUAGGAGAGCUUCAGCCAAUCAGAGCCGCAGAGACAGGCAGGCCAUGCCCAGAGGUAGGGGUCGGAUGAAGAGGAGCACAUGCAGGGAGGACGGGUCCCAGCACAGCAGGAGGUGUUCAGGAUGUACCGUGUUAGCAGGACAGGUAGAGGACAGAGGGGUGCCACCUACCGUGGAAGCUGAGAUGCAGCAGAUGUCACAUGGCUGCACUGCCAUCCAAUCAGAUCCUGUCCCUGAGACACAACCCCAUCCACCUUCAGACUCCACCGUGGACCCAGUCCCAACACCUGACCCAGGCCUUGACUUCACCGCCUCUACCUGCCCACAGAACGAUGACAUCAUAAAAUGCACAGAACAGCAGCAAGUGAUUGGUUUAAAAACCUCAGAGGAAGUAUGAUGUCAUCAGAUAGAGGAGAGGGCUUGUUCUACUAAUCCUU